AUGGAUACCUUCAAUCGCGCCGAAGCUGGCGCUGGCGGGGGAGUAGCAGGGACCUAUUUCCGUCAUGCGACCGCUCCACGCCUCGACACCGACGCUGUCAUCUACGAUUCCAUUGCCAACGCCCACCCGGGCGUUCCGAUCACGACAGUCCCGGAAUGGAGCUGUAACUUGCGAGCCUACGCCGCAGCAGGGCAUGGCAUGCUCGAAACUGUCGAGCAGGCACAUCCACCGUCAGCCGACUCUAAGUCUGACCGGAAACACAGCUGGCCGUCCACGUUGCGAUGGACGGUCUUUCUACCGCCCACGAGGCGACUCGACGGCGGCGAAGGUAUUGUGGCGGACGAAGUCUUCUUCGAGACCUGCACCUAUACGUGGGAAGGGUUCACGUUCUUGGUCUACUUCUCCGAGGGCCGCGACGGAACCAUGCCCUACCCGCAGGUCCGUAACCAGUAUAUCCUGGGUGACGAGGCUGGGGCGCGCUCCCUGGUCGCGAGCGCCGGACGGUGGCAGUCUGUGCUGCACGACGAGAUCUGGGUGUUCAACCAGGGGUACUGGCAGAAGGACCCACUCCUGUACCGCAGCAUCAUGAAGUCGCGGUGGGAGGACGUCAUUCUCGACGACGACCUCAAGACCGAUCUCGUCGACACGGUGGAACGUUUCUUCGACAGUCGCGACGUUUACGACGGACUCCGUGUGCCGUGGAAGCGGGGCGUCAUCUUUUACGGACCCCCGGGCAACGGAAAGACCAUCUCCAUCAAAGCCACGAUGCAUACGCUGUACAAGCGGGAUCCGGUGGUGCCGACGCUCUACGUCAAGUCGCUCGUCGGCUUCGCGCCUCCGGAAUACAGCAUCGAGAGUAUCUUCAGGAAGGCCCGCCAGGAGGCCCCCUGCUACUUGGUCUUCGAGGAUUUGGACUCCCUGGUGACGGACCAAGUACGCUCCUUCUUCCUCAACGCCGUGGACGGACUGUCGGAGAACGAGGGCAUUCUCAUGGUCGGGAGCACGAACCACCUCGAGCGUCUGGACCCGGGCAUCGCGAAACGGCCGUCGCGCUUCGAUCGCAAGUAUUUCUUCCCGGACCCGGAUUUCGCUCAGCGCGUCAGGUACUGUCACUUUUGGCAGCGCAAGUUGAGCGACAACAAGGAUGUCGAGUUUCCGGACGAGAUUUGCGGCGCGGCCGCCAAGAUCACCGAUGGGUUCAGCUUUGCAUAUAUGCAGGAGGCGUUUGUGAGUGCGCUUUUGGAGAUUGCACGGGAGAAGGACACGGCUGGGCAAAACGUGCAACGAGAGAUGGAAGACAUGCAGGAGAAAUGGGAGUUGUUGGAGCUGGAGGCUAGGACGGAGACAACGGCCAGGGACAAAGAUCUGGAGGAUUAUAUCUUGUGGAGGAAGUUGAAGCAUCAGAUUGAGAUGUUGAGGAAGGAGCUCUCGAAAGAGAAGCGUGGCACGGCGUAA